UGUAACGUGUUUCGGUCUGAAUCAAAAAUCAUUCGCCCAACGGUCGUCCUAUAAAUCUAAAGAAGUGAAAAGCAUCCCGCUCGAUUUAGCCUCUUUUAGUGAAUAGGUAGCCUAAUAAGGUUCGCCAGAUGUCAGUAGCAGGACCGCGGGACAUUCGGCCGCUUGAGAUGGAUUAUCCGGCUUUGAAAACUAAGAUGUCGGAAACCACCACCACCAGCGUGAGUGUGUCGCUGCCGACGACGGGGAUUACCACGUCGACUGGCACGGACACAACCACUGCGACGCAGACCUCGGCUACAACGACAUCAACUGAGGUACUCACCACUUCCUCGACAACCUCAACUGGUUUGACGACCUCGACGUCGUCUGCGUCGACCACAGAAACAACAAGCACCACUGGCACAACUUCCACCGCUGCGCUGACAACUUCCACCACUUCGUCGACAACUACGAACACGGGAACGACCUCGAGUGCAACCGAUCUAACUACACAAGUACCCAUUACUACCAUUUCGACCAGUUCAUCAACAAGCGAAGUUAUUACAACCGAUGGAGCUGGGGGGAUCGCGACGGUGACUACCGUAGUCCCGAUCACUCCGACUACUCAGCUCGAGUUCCAGCGGGGGAUUUGGAAUAACAAAGGCGCAGUCGCCGGUGUAUUCACCGUUGUCGGACUGAUUGCGUUCGCGCUUCUCAUUGUUCUCGUCACCACGACAAUCCGCCGACGUCGCGCACGGCAAUAUGACCGAGAGUUGGCCGAAGCUGCUGCUCCAGGUCCUGGUCCGGUUUACCUCGACGAUGACCGAACUUCCCUGCACGCAACAAGGCAGUUGGCGGGGGCGGUGGAGGGUUCUCGGACGCCUCCAGCCAUGGCACGCUGGAAUUGGAGUGAGCAGAACGAGAAGCAUGGCGCUCUUCCUGGGGGAGGAGGGUAUGGCUUGAAUGCUGAGAAGGGAGGCUCACCGUAA